AGAAAUAAACAAAUGAUAACAACAAUCAUAACAACUGCGUCCGCCUCCAUCUUUGUUGGCCUCAGGUUGUGACGCACUUGAUAAAGGUGACAAGCGAUAUGUCGUCGGCUCCCAUUUCUUGAGAAUCUCCCCACAGAGAAAGUCAACACAGUUUGGCCUUUACUGAAGACGAGAAAACCCAUACAUUUGGACUCUUGAGUAAUCAAAUUAUUUUCAUGAAUGUAAAGGAUGUCCAUAGACCAACAAUUGACACAUCAACCAAUGUGCUCUUUGGUCCAAUAUUGAUAGGAAGCCAUCAAGGACUGGACACAAGACUGGACACAAGACUGGACACAAGACUGGACACAAGACUGGACACAGGACACAAAGCCAAGAGAGCAACAAAGCAAAGAGAAACGUUCAAAAGGAGUAACGAAGACAUUUACAGAAGCUACUAACGGAUUGCGAAAGAGACAUCUAAAAGCUAACAACAAAGAUGGACACCCUGGAUCCCUCCGCCCUACCAGGGGCCACCUCCGCUGUGACCUAUGACUCCAAAUCAGAGAUGGUGACCCUACCAGGAGGGGUCGUCUCCGUGGCAGGCAUCACCGUGAUAACCGGGGGCGCUGAACUGUCCUGUGGCUCCUGCAUGCUAGCCUUCGGUGUUUGGGGCACUCUGGUUGGCCUGAGCGUGGUUUCCCUGGGACUAUGGGACCAAUCAGUGCAGGUCGGGGGCCGGACCUCGCACCUCCUGGGGCUGGGAUUGGUGGUUCUGUCCAUCAGUUUUGGGGUGGUGGGCAGUGUGGUGGGCAUUCGCUUCCUGACGAAGAGGAGGAGAGAGAUAACGAGGGAGGAGAGGGAGGAUGGGAAGGUGGUGCUCAUAGGGGAGAGAGGGAGGAGUGUUAUAAAAACUGUGACUGUGUAAAAAUGAAAAAAAGAGAGAGGGGAUGAGGGAUGUUUUAAAGUCAUGAUUAUUGCACAUAGUGGUCUGGCUAUGUUGCACACUGUCACACUUUAGCAUUUAGUGGAAGAACACUCAUGUUUGAUAUCUAUGUUAUGAACUUGUUUAACACCAUAAUAAUGUAUUUUUGUUGAGUAAUUUGAAGAUAAAAUAUUUGACAAUC